UAAACUCUCAGCGUUUGCCGUCGCAUAUAUCUGCAAACCUCUUUUUCUGCUGUUGUUCACAAACCGGCAUCUAAGUUAUAGUUCAGCGGAUAUUUCUUAAAAUAUGUAUGUAAAUAUAAUGUUAUUUACUUGAAGCUGCUUCUGAUAUUUGAUUCUCAGUAACAGAAUGGAUGUGUAUUCCCGCCUUAACGUGCACCUUGAAGCUGUUUUUGAAGAUACUGAUAAUGUGUGUAUAUGUACUCGUGUCCAGUUAAGGGAUUAUCCGUAUAGAUACAAUAAUCAGGAAUCAUAUAAUGAGAAUUUUAAUGAAUAUGAGUACAACUAUUCUGAAGAAGAAUACACUUCUGGAGAAGACCCCAUUAUGCCAUUUGAAGGGGAAUUUCAAGAUGAUAUGGAAAUUAUGAAGAGUAUGGGCUUACCUCUAAGUUUUGGAAGAAAAAAGCAAAAGAAAGAGAAACAGAGAGAUUCUUCAGAUAUUUAUACCUCAGACAGUAAUAUUGAAAAUAGUUUAAAAAAUAGCGAUAUGGAUUGCAUGAUUCCUGCACGUGAUAUUUCAUCUGACAAUAUUGACGCUGAGUGGGAAAAGUAUUGGGCUCUGCAUGGUGAAACAAUAGUUUUAAAUAGCUGGAUUCAAAAGUAUAAAGAUUAUUUGAAUCCAGAUUAUUUUAAGAAUGCUAGCAUUCCUUUUAAUCUCAAUAACAUGAGUGAUCAGUUUCAAGCAAUGACAUUCAAUGAUAACAUUGUUGAAACUUCUGAAAAUGUUAAUGAUGAGCACUGUAGUCUUAGAAGUAGUUUGGUGAAAGAGGAUAUAGAUUCUGUGCAGGCUAAUAUUAAAACUGAUGUUAGUGAAAAUAAAAAUAGUUCUGGAGACACUUUAAAUGGCAGUGAACACAGAGAUGACACUAAAAACUCUGAUUCAAAUGGAAUAAGUAAUGAAUUUUGUAAUUCAAUUAUGAAUAAUGACUCUGAAUUUUUAGAAGUAAUAAACUCACUUAAAUUAAUGAAUCCUUAUAUGGAAGAAAAAGAAUAUGGCAACAGUAAUGGAAAAGAAUAUGACAACAUGUUUAAAAUAACAAAGCCAUUAGAAGAUGUCAAAGAUGCCGACUCUAUUUCAGAAGCAAUGUGGGCUGAGUUAUGGGAUAAGCAUAAUCAGGAACAACAUGAUUAUCAUUAUAAACUAUUUAAAGAUGAGUAUUUGAACAAAAAUUAUAUUGAUGGCAUAACUGAAGACUUUCAUGCUGUCGAAGAGAACUGUAAUUCCGAGAUGUGUAAUGUAUGUGAUGAGAAGUACUACAUUAAUAAAUGUGACUUUUGUGGGAAACAGAAUUGUGAUUUUUGUAUUCCACGUGACUGUGAACAAUACUAUGAUGACUGUUAUGAAUUACCUUUAAAUCAAGAUGUUGCAAAUGAUAUUAAUAACAUUGUAUUAGAUUUACCUAAUUCUGAUUGUGAAACAAACCAAAGCAUGGAUUUGCACGAAAAAGAUUUAAUUCCACCUGAAAGUAAUCUUAUAUCAGAUAAGCCUAUAUUUACAGGAAGCAUUUCAGGUGAAUCACUUGAAAUCACAAGAACUGCAGAUGAUAGUGAUGAUGGGCCUUUAGAAAUUCCGACAAAAAUCAAGAGAAAAUGUGAAAGUGAGAGUGAUGAAAGUACAAAUGAACCUAUAGAUUAUUUGAAGGACUUGGGAUUAGUUAUAAGACCAAAUGAAUCAUUAAGGAUAAAAAAAGCUCAUAAAAAGCGGAGGCAUAAGCGUAAAUUUAAUGUGAAACAUCCUUCACAGACAAAUAUUCUCCAUGAUCCACAAGGUUUUAACAAAUCUUUUUUGGAGGAUGAACAUGAAUCAGAAGAGAUGAAAAGGUAUGUGAAUGAAGACAUCAGCUCAUCUCAGGAUGAAAAAGAGCAGCUUCAAGGUCCCAUGCCUGAAGCAUGUGAAAAUGAAGAAUGUAUGCCUGAUAGCAGUAACAAGGCCCUUAAUAAAUACUGGCAUCAACGAUACCGUUUGUUUAGCCUAUAUGAUGAAGGAAUACAGUUAGAUGAAGAGUCAUGGUUUUCCGUAACCCCAGAAAAAAUAGCUCAACAUAUUGCUGAGAGGUGUGCCUGUGGUAUUAUAGUAGAUGCUUUCUGUGGAGCUGGAGGCAACACAAUUCAGUUUGCUCAUACAUGUAAUCAUGUUAUAGCCAUUGAUAUCGAUCCAAAGAAAGUUGAGAUGGCAAAGAACAAUGCUAAAGUUUAUGGAGUUGAUCAAUAUAUUGAUUUCAUUGUUGGAGAUUUCUUCAGCAUUGCACCAUCUUUGAAAGCUGAUGUUGUAUUCCUUAGUCCACCAUGGGGUGGCCCUGAAUAUUUAAAUGAACAAGAAUAUGACAUUUCCAGAAUUGAGCCUGAUAUAUAUAAAACUAUAGAAGCAGCUCAGAAGAUUACUAAAAAUGUUGCCCUUUUUGUGCCAAGGAACACAAUCGUUAAUCAGUUGGCUCGAUUAGCUGGAGAUGGCAAUAAUGUUGAGAUAGAGCAAAAUGUUUUGAACAAGAAAGUUAAAACUAUAACAGCUUAUUAUGGAGAGUUAGUGCAAAAUGAAUGAAUCUAGCAUCCAUACUGUUCUCAUGAUAUUUUCAUCUGAAUCCCAUGUACAUAUGCAAGGUUUUAAAAUAAUGUAAUUGUUUGAAUUUGUAUUGAUUUCAUUCAAAUAAAUGUUUAAAAGCUUUUAA